GUAUAUUUUAAGUUAUAGGAGAAGGGUGGCAACUUGGAUGCUCCCUCUCUUUUCCCUCAAUUUCCUUCUCUGCUCUCACUCUCUCUCCCCUUCUCUGCUGUUAGAAUCCCUGUACAAUUCAGUCCAGAGGAGACACUAGCCAGACAUACAAUCUGAUUCUGAAGGAAAGAUGAGGCACCACUUGAUUCUUCACCUGUCAUGUGUGAGUCUGGUUAUGCUCUGGGGCCAUGGGUGUGCCAUGCAUGUGCCACUGGUCUACAGCAUUUCCAUGGAUGGCAGUGGUGACGGAGGGGAGCCGGAUCUUAUAUUCCCCGUCGAUAGCCCCCACCACCCUGUCUCCCCGGUAGAUGUCACCCCCACCGCCGAUGUCACCCCUGUCAAUGUCGGCCCCGUUGAUGUCUCCCCUGUCUCCCCCACCACUACCCUAGCCCCCACCCUGGUCAGCACCAUCACUAACACCAUCACCACCACUAUGAUCCGCCUCAAGGACUUUAUGGUCACCCGGGUGGUGGACUUCCUCCAGGAUAAUAUGCUGAUCAUCAUAGUGGUCACCUCCCUCCUCAUUGUCAUGAUCUUCAUCAUCUGCUGUGCCGCUACCAUGAGCCAAAAGCGCAAGUUGGAGGCCUACAAACCCCCUGCCAACUCAUCCAGGAAGUACAUGGACCACAAGGCGGAAGGAGUCAAAUCCUCCAGUGAGGUCCAGAGUAGGGUGUGCGGCGGGCCAGACUCAACCAGGAGGGUCCAGAUCCAGGGAACCCCCAAGAAUCUGCGCACCCCUUCCACUGCGCUGGUGGGGGAAAAGGUGGGCAAGGAGCCCAAACCGAAGGAGGUCCAGAAAGUGAAGGAAGUAGAGGAGAAGGAGACGCGGAGAGUGGAGCCUAAGCACAAAGGGCAGAAGGCUGAGGAGGUGCAGCAGAGCUCCAGCCCCAGCACCAGCCAGCCCAUGGUCUGCACCUGCCACCUGAGGAAGGCCAACCACUAAGUAUAGGUUGGGGCUCCAACCAUGUAAACUAGCAAAUAAAGGAGAGAGAAACCUUUUCUUGUGCAGAGGGAACUCCCUGGGUGCGUCCGCUGCUGUGUGCCAAACUUGUAUGUGGAAUCUGACUCUGUGGAUACCUUUAGCAUACAGAUACUGUACAAUUAGGUCUAAAUAGCAUACUAUUAUGCCUUAAAAACAGAAGGAAUUUCAGCCCUGACUGCCCUUUUUGAUGUAUCUGAUCAAUUAUUCCUCCUAUAUUUCCCUUGUUGUAGAAAACAGUCAUUGUGAAAUGAGAUUUGUUCAUCAAUUGAUAGCUUUCAAAGCUUAACUAAAGAGAUGUAGAUCACACAGAAAAAAGAAUGUUGGCUUCUGUGAACGAGAGAAAGCAAGCAUAUUUCUGUUUGCUAACUCUAUGGUGAUAACCUCGCCAGUUGAUUUCAACACAGUAAAUUAUUGAUGUGAGAAAAUGUAUUUUAUUUUAUUAAUGGACUUCUGUUUCUCUUUUACUUCAUUAGAAAUUGUACAAUUAUAUACAUGUCACACUGGGUGCUUUGUGGAUUAAUAUUGAAGAGAAUUUGCUAAUGCUAUAUGGAUAGAUGGUAGAGCUGCUUUUGUUUUUUUAUUAUCUUAUAAAUUUUUUUCGAACAUCAAAACAACUGAUUUGCAGGUGCGAGUAUGUGGUUACAAAGUUUUUAUUUAUACUGGUACUUACAUUACUCAAGUCAAUUAAAAUCCCCAAAUUCUCCUGAAUCCCUUUAAGGAUUGUUUUACAGUGACCCUCAGUUCUGCUGUACAUUGUGGUCAUUUUGUUUGCGUAAUGAAUCUUGUUUAAUUUUUGUCCAGCUUCAAUAGAGGUUUUGUUGAUAUUAGUUUUUCUAGAAAUUGUAAGUGUAAAAGACUUGCAUUGAGUGUGAGAUUUCACCAUGUUCAGUAAGUGGUUUCUAAAACAUACACUGAACAAAAAUAUAAACGCAACCUGUAAAGUGUUGGUCCCAUGUUUCAUGAGCUGAAAUAAAAA